AAGGUGGAGCCGGCUUCGAGCUAUCCUUCUCCCCCCGCCACCCCCCUCAAACUGCUGUCGAGUGAGAAAUCGGGGGUACUCGUGCAGGAUGCAAGAACCUGCAGCACGACACUGACACGAGUCUGUUGCUUUUAAACGCUUUACUAUACGGUGAAUGACCUGAGUGCUUUGGAAACCACGAGCCCUUCCCAACUAAGGACGGCCGAGGCCAGACACAGCCGCCCGGCUGAAUGACACCGUUACGGUGAAUGGUAAAGAACGUUGCCAGCUUCCCCUUAAGGGCCCAACACUGCGGCGGGGCUGCUUCUACCCUGAGCAGGAGACGCGCGUACCCUGCGCGCUCGCCUCCCUUGCAGGUCAGCUGCCUCUUCCCCGUCCGUGCACGAUCCCAGAAGCCUCGGCCCUUCGUCAACCUUGAGAGAACAGCCCGAGCCCUCAUUGCAGCUCGGCACCGAGAGGCGCUGCUCACUCCCCCACCGCCUCCUUCUCCGCCCGCUCCCGUCUGAACCCGCUGAGGCCCACCCGCCGUGGGCGUACGUGAUGACGCAGGCAGUGGCGUAGAGCGACGUCGAGCGACGGCCCGUACAGGCGUUGGGGCGGCCUCUGGCGCCGUUGGUCGGUGUGGGGCAACGCCUGACCCGUGCGCUCCGCCCCCUGCCGGCCGCUGCCCGGGGGCUGCUGCGGGCUCUGUUCUCCCGGGGGGAGCACCGGAGGUGCCGCUGGACGAGCCCUGGGUGCCCUGGGAGCCCUGGGAGCUCGGCGGAAAGCCGAGGCCAGGCAUGGGCCUGAUCUUCGCCAAGCUGUGGAGUCUCUUCGGUAACCAAGAGCACAAAGUAAUUAUAGUGGGACUUGAUAAUGCUGGAAAGACUACUAUUCUCUACCAAUUCUUAAUGAAUGAAGUGGUUCAUACUUCUCCAACCAUAGGGAGCAAUGUAGAAGAAAUAGUGGUGAAAAAUACUCAUUUCUUAAUGUGGGAUAUUGGAGGACAAGAAUCACUACGGUCAUCAUGGAAUACCUAUUACUCAAACACAGAGUUCAUCAUUCUUGUUGUUGACAGCAUUGAUAGAGAGCGACUUUCUAUUACAAGAGAAGAACUUUAUAGAAUGCUGGCUCAUGAGGAUUUACGGAAGGCUGCAGUUCUCAUCUUUGCAAACAAGCAGGAUAUGAAAGGCUGCAUGACAGCUGCUGAGAUAUCUACGUACCUCACCCUGAGCUCCAUAAAGGAUCAUCCGUGGCACAUUCAGUCCUGUUGUGCUUUGACAGGAGAAGGAUUAUGCCAAGGCUUGGAGUGGAUGACCUCCCGUAUUGGAGUGAGAUAGCUGCCUUUUUUUUUUUCCCCAAAAAGAAGAGACUUCUAUUUAUCCUGUGAACAUGUACAUUUUUCUGUACUUCUGGCUGCUGAUGCAGUGACCAUGUUUAAUUUAUAUCAGCCAACGCUCAAACUGUGCUUGAAUCAAGUGCAGCUGAACUGAAACACAAAGUAUUUUCUUAACAUUUUUUAAUACACUAAUCUUCAACUGGAUGAACAUAUGUGAACUUGUUUUUAAGUAUUGAAAUUCCUCUGAAUAUGUAUUCUGACUCUUUCAAUGAUAGCUUUUUAAAAUCUGUUUUGUUGUUGUCAGUAUUUCAUACUUCCUCUUUCUAAACAGUUUAUAAAACUUAUUAACAUAAAUGAGCACAGUUACUUUAAUAAUGAAAAUGUAGUGAGUAGGUUGACUUUGCUCUGGCAUAGCUUUAGCCUUAAAGGAUAACUAUAUCUCCAUCUGGGCUUUCUGGAAUAUCAGUAGAGGUCUAACCAGCAUGGGAAUUAAUAAUUAUGAAUGCAGAUUUUUAAAUGCUGAAUGAGUUAGUUAUAGUUAAUAUUGUGGUAGCAUUUAAUCUCAUAUAUAAUUGAACUUCUGCCUUAAAAGAAAUCUACUUCAUUCUCAUAUUUUCUGGUAAGUAGUUCUGGGGUACAAUUCUUUUUUUUUUUCUUUUACUUGAAAAUACAUCUCUGUACAGUGAGUAAAAUUUUUUAAUUAAGUGCUGGCUUAGUAAUUUAGAACUUGAAUACCUUUUUCAAAACAAACCUCUUGGUAAUUAAAUUUGGAAUCAUGGCAGGCAGUGCAGACUUGCUGUAAUGUGUUAAAAUUUUAUAUGCUGUGUACAUGAGCAUUCCUCACUUUUUAGUGAGAGUGAGGUUCUCUAAAUGAAUGCAAAAUCUAAAGGGAAGCCAGAUUUAUAAACAGAAAAAAAUCAUGGUGCUGUGCCUAUAGACUUUAGAGUGAAGCUAAUCUUGAUAUGUAUUUACCUACUAUCAAACAGGUUUUCAGACUCAUUUGCACAUAUUUUGCCUUAAUUUUUGGUUUUAGUCUUAUUUGCAGGAGCAGAGAAGUUAGAUUAAUCUGAAAUUUAGGAUAUGGAUAUGGAAAAAGAAGAGAGCUUUUGUUUGAAAAAAGAGGUGUUUAAAGAUUAACUCUUAAAUGAGUUUGAAGAGGAUGAAGUUAGAUCGGUGAAUAGAAUCUAAAGCUAUGGAUGAAAUUAUUGAGAACAUUAGAUGCCAAAAAUGCCCUAAGAUAUCCACCAAGUGACAAAAAGAAAACUUUUUGCAGACCUAAAAGCCACAUGGAGUCUGUUUUUGGAAAGGUUUUGCAAAUUGACCAUAGGCCUUUAAUGACAAAAUGGUUUUGAUAAAAAUUGUUUGGAUAUUCAAGCACAUUGAUUUUUCAUUAAUAAAAUUUUAAGUUUCAGAAAUUUCAAUUCAAUUCCAUUUUUAUUUGAACAAAACUUAAUGAAAUUUUAAAGUAUGAAUAAAAUUGUUGGUAUGUUAAAAAGAAGACUGAGUAUAUGUGGAAUCAAUAAUUCGUUGAAUGAAGUUAAAUAUUAAUGCUGGUUAGCAAAAGUCACAUUGAGGAGAGAGUCCAGUCAAAAUGGUCAUAAAAUAAUUUCCAUCAGUAAAAAGUAGUGGUUAAAGUAAAGAGAAAUGCAAGAUAAAGUUAAAAUCUGAAACUAAAGCUCUUUGCUCCAAUAUUCAUGCUAACAACUAUUCUAAUGUGUGACUAAGAUUUGUUUUGUCCUUGGGCAAGCAAAUUAUAAGUGAUAAAAACAAAAUACUGUGAUUGAGGUUUCUUGUUUGAUGACUUGAAUCUAAAUUGCAAACAGAAAUUACUAUUUUCAGGUUUAUUUUUAUGUAAUUCAGAAUGUAGUCCUGAAUGUUUAUAAAAAGCACUAUCUACAUGUAGAGCCCUUUUAUUGCAUUGUUUAAUAUUUAACACUUUCCAGGUAAAAACAUUCAUAAAUGUAUAGUUUGGUUACUAAAUGCAAUCUUACCUGAAGACAUCUUACUUCAGCUAGGAGGAAAUGGUUCUAUUGUAGUCCAUGCAAUAUCAGAAUAAUGGAAGUCCCAUUUUAAUUACUUAACACCUGUGAGUACCUUUAGGGAAGGAAACAUUCUUGAAAAUGGCUGCAAUUUUUAUCAUAUAUCUUCUUAAUUAUCUACAGCAGUUUUCCAUUUGUGUUAUUAGUUUGUUCACAGCAUUUUUGCAUUGGGAUUUUUGUUUGUGGGUUUUGUAUGUUUUGGUUUCUUUUUUCUUUAAUGCUUGGUGUGGAAUUUUGGCCACCUUUGUACCCUAAACAAAGUACUUUGAUUAAAGUGUUUUUUACAAUCAGG